AUGAAUACUAAUAUAUUGAGUAAUUCCACUGUUCUGCCAAAUAAUUUAGUAGAUUUAACUCUUGUAGGUGUUUGGAAUGUAUCCUCUUACAAAAUAGAUCAUGGUGUUAAAAAUUUAAAAGACAAUAAUUUAGAAACAUUUUGGCAAUCCAGUGGACCACAACCUCAUUUUAUAGACAUUUCUUAUCCUUAUAGAGUUUCUAUAUCAAAAAUUUAUAUAUAUAUUGAUUAUAAAUUGGAUGAGAAGGCAUUCCAUCUAGACUUGAACCAACCAGCAUAUUUAUUGUCGAAGGAAAAUGUCCUUAAUCCCUUGGUCAAAGGGCCACUUACUGGUUUGGGACUUCCCCUUCAUUAUCCAAAUACACCAUCCAACCACCUCGCCCUUGCAGAAAUCCUGCUAAUCACCAAAAUACAGCACCAUAGAUACUUCUUACUCAUUUAUAAUCACCAGCUCCAUUAUUACCACCUUAACGGGAGCAGAUUUGCUAAAAGAUUGAUUAGCUUAUGGAAUCAUUUAUCUUACAACAAAGACAUGCUACCAUGA